UAUGAACCCCGAGGCCGAGGGGGCGACGCCGCUCAUGUACGCGUGUCAGCAGGCGAGGGAAGCCGACCUCAAGUCUAUCAUGACCAAAAAGCCGGGAGCGGUGCGCGAGAGGGACCGCACGCAGAAGAGCGCGCUGCACUACUGUGCUGAGAACGCGACCGUUAGCUGUGCUGAGGAAGUGCUGGCUGCUGCUCCAGAGCUGCUGGAUGCGAGAGACAAGGACGGCUACACGACCCUUCACCUUGCCACAAUCUCCGGCAACUGUCCACUAGUGCGGCUGUUGCUAGGCCGUGGCGCCGGCGUCAACUGUCUGGACAACGAGAGACACUCCGUCGUCCACUGGGCUACAGUUUGUGGUGAGGUAGAGGCGCUGGAGACAUUGCUGAGCGCUGGAGCUGAGGCAAGCACUCCUGACAUGCAUGGCGGCUAUCCUCUGCACUACGCUGCCCAGAUGUGUGGCCCGGCCGGCGAGGUAGCCAGCACUCGCCUCGGCCUGGCCGUACUCAGAACGCUGCUGGCUCAUGGCGUGGAGGUCAAUGUCACUGACCAAGAUGGCCGCCAACCCAUUCUUUGGGCAGCUAGUGCUGGUAGCGCCGACGCUAUCUUGGCACUAGUUAACGCUGGGGCCAACGUGGAGGCGGACGACAAGGAUGGACUCACAGCUCUACAUUGCGCGGCGUCAAGGGGACACACAGACUGCCUAGAGACGCUUGUGUCGCUAUGUGGAGCCACUGUGGAUGUGAUGGACAGCAACGGUUGCACUCCUUUGUUUUACGCCGUCACUCUAGGACACGCGGACGCCACACAGUUGCUGCUGGAACACGGCGCCCAGCCAAACCGUCAGGACCGCAAGGGCCGCACGCCAGCACAUUGUGGAGCAGCUAAAGGUCAGCUGGAGACGCUGCGUAUCCUCGGCAGCAGAGGUGCCAACAUGUGGGCACGCAACGUCAAAGGAGACUACCCCUUACACGAGGCGGUGGCGUCAGGUCGCAAGGACCUGGUGCGGUGGCUGCUCUCUCAGCGUCCUGACGCCGUGAACGCGUCCAACAACGACGGUCGCUGUCCGCUACACAUCGCUGCCAUCAACAACAACGUUGAGAUCUGCAAGAUUCUCUUGGACCACGAGUCACUAGUGAACCCUGUGAUGCGCAGUUCUAAAGGCGGGCUGAUGACGCCUCUGGAUGCAGCAUUAUAUAAGAGCAAUCGAGGCUGUGCCAAGUAUCUGCAGCUGCAUGGUGGCGUGCCUGCCAACAAGCUGACCAGCCACUCUGCAGCACUUCGUGGGAUCAUGCAGAGGUUAGAGCCUCACUCAGACCAGAUGAACACGCCAGACUGGGGAUCCAGCCUCCCCGUGCCGGAUGUACGACAGGUGCAGUCCCUCGUCCACAGUCCCGUGGAUAUCAAACAUUUUGGUGUCGACUCAACGAGGACCCUACAGGUUAGGGUAGAGGACGAGUUGCACAGACGAGGGAGCGGAAGUAGUACGGAUGAUAAAACUAAAAGGCGUAGAAGAAAAAGAAGACCAAAGCGAGUGAGUGAUGAUAGUGAUGAGGAAACUGACAGUAGUGACAGACACAGACGAAGGCGAAGAAGAAGAAGAACAGACAUAAAAGAUUGUUCGGAGGAGGAUAUUAACAAGAGCGAUGUAGAUAGUAGAAAAAACAAAUCAAAGGUUGCUGUUGACAAGGUAUCCUCAGAAUCAGGAAGUGAAAGGACAUCAAUAAGGAAAAGUAAGGACACUAAGUCUCAGAGGAGAAGAAGUGUUAGCUUUGAAGACAAAAAAGAAAAUCAAAAUAAAGACGAAUCUGAAGAACUUUAUUUUGAUAAAACAAUUGAAGAGACAAAAAUCACUGAAAAUGAGAAGAGUAGUGACAACAAGGAAAAGGAAAGCAGACGAGUAUUGAAAGAGGAAAUUAAAACAAAAGAAGUAACGAAAAGCAAAAAGGUAAUUGAGCACAAACAAAAAGAAAAGUCAUCGCAAAAUCCAACAGUUACGAAAACCAGCAAAACAACUUGUGAGGAAACAAAAACAGAGGAACAGAUUACCACAAAAACCAGUAAAAUAGUAAGCCUUUCGUCAGACAGCAAAACAGAAGACCCCUCAACACAAGAUUCACACGAUAUUCCAAUGCAGCAAGUGGUAACAGCUAUUGUUCACCAAGAGGAAACUAUGGAUAAUGAAGAGUACAAUAAUAAUGAUGCGAAUGAUGUAAAAGAUCCUAUAAACGAUAGUAUUAAUGAUAAAGCCAACGAACACGAAGAUAAGCUCGAUAAAAAUUUACAAGACAGUGUAAAUAUGAAUGAUGUCAACGACAACUUUUCCAAGGAUAACAAUUCAGCUUCUGCAUACGAGGAAAAGGAAGCUGUGGAAACUUCAACUAAUACACAAAAAGAAGAACCUGAAGAAACCCAAAAAUACAAUGUUAGUGAUUUAGGCGUUGACAUGACUGACACGCCUAAACGCUUGUGUAACAAUGAUAGUAGCAAAGAUGCAAACUGUUUAAUUUUAGAUAAUGAAAACCCACUUACAGAGGGUUGCGACCAAGUAAUUGAAUCAACUAUUCACACAAAUGAAAUUAAAGAUACGCAAUUUGAUGUCCAAACUGAUUGUUAUGCCAAGGAAAAUUUGGCUGGGGUUGAUGGGUCGCAUUUUACAAAUGACAUAGAAAAGACGGAGAUACAAGAAGUUCCUGAGGCCUUAGGCAAUAGCAAUGCAAAUACAGAUAUUGAUGAUUUAUACUUUGCAGGUAUUGAGGAUAAAGAAAAUUUCCCAGAUGAUGAAGCCUCGGAGCAUUUUAUUCGUGAGGUGCAAAGGGAAAGAAGAAAUGAAUCUGAAGUUCUUGAAAACGAUAGUACAACUGAUAAAAAGGGUCUUGUCAAAGUGUUGACCCGUUCAGAAAUAGAUGACGACAACUUCAAAGGCAUUGUAAAAGUAGACAAAAUUAAUAGCGAAGCUCUGAAAGAUAAAGGAAGAGAACGAGAGCGAGAACGGGAAAGAGCAAGAGAGAGAAGACGACCAUCUAGCUUCGAGAUUGUGAGUCCAGCAAGAUCACUACCUGAUGAGGCGUUUGACUCGGAGACUCCUCGCAGUCGUAGCCGAACAGGAGCAGACUCCUCACAACUACAGGACUCAGGGUUUGAGCCGUCACCUCGUAGGUACAGUCAAAGAGAUACAUCCAGGAUACCGCGGAUGUGUCGGCGCUCCUCCUCUCACCACCAGCUGGGCGCUGCAGACUCUGACGAUGACAGACCUCCUCUCAGUACCAUCUCCGUCACACAGGCAGUGCAACACUCCAUGCGCAAGUAUCACCUAGAGAGACGGAUCUUCCACGAGCUUCUAGAGCUGAAGCGGUUGCAGAUCAGAGCUGGAAGAUCCAACGAGGCGGUUUUGGUGAAGCGACUGGUGGACGACUACCGCAGGGCUGGACUGCUCAUCGGCCUCAAGCCUUACGACGGUGUCUACACCUUCCGUGGCUUUGAGAAGUACCUUUACGAACAGCUAAGAUUGCUGCAGAGCUCGGACCGACGUAUCAUUCCACGACUCAAGUCCUCGGAUGACCUGGAGAAGUUGACCAGAGCUCUUCGCAAGACGCGGGCGGGCAACUCGCUGCUGGACACGGUGCCUGUGGACCCACUGGUCUGCACCCACGGCACACAUCGCUGUUACCACGCCACCCACGCCUACACGGGUGUGCCCUGUGCUGCCUACAUAGCAAAAGUGAACCACCACACAAUGCCAAAGCCAACCACCAGUUUUCUGCCUAGGAUAGACUCAGGCAAGCACCGAAUGGAGGGUCAAGCUGCUGAAAUAGCUCGAUGUCUAAGGUAUGUGGACCCGUCACGACCCGUCACGCUGGAACUGUCUCACGGCGCUGAGCGACAAGUCAUCUCCUUGCCUACAGAGAAGCUGGACAAGAACAAGCGCUACUACGUUACGUUCACUAUCAAAGGUGGUGACGUCACACCGCAGGACAGGGACAAGCAUAGACACGCCAAGAGCUUCUAAGAUUAGUCUAGUUCUUCACAAACAUGCUAUUAAUUGUCCCAAAUGGUGUUAAGGCGGGGUUUCCUCGCUGUCGAAUCCGGCUACAGAAUUGUGAUUGUGAAUGUCUCGUGCAAGCUCUAAGUUUCCAUGGUUUUUGCCAAAGACAAUUUCCUAAAAUAGUAACGUUCAAUGCGGGGUGAGGGUUUCGCGUCAGUUUUAAUAGUUUGCACAGUUUGUCAUAUGCGGUGGUCUUAAAAUCUGAAUGUGCGGUGUUCUACAUUAACCCACGACCCAUAACUUGUCUAGUCCCCAGAGUGACUAUAGUUUGGUUCGAUGUUGUUAAAUGACAAGAAAACACGUUAAAACUAAAUUCAUGGCCUUAGUUUAAAAUUAAAAAAAAUGAUUUUGUACUUAAGAACUUCAAGUAGUUGAACUAAAAUCAUUACACAAAUGCACCGUAACCACCAAAAACGUCACAAUUCACACCAAUGCACAGUAAGCUGCCAAAAAUAGUUCAGGAGCACGUCUAAGUCACUGCGGGGUGCAGUCUCUGCCGAUUUUGGCAGCAAGGAAACCCCGUUUGUACACAAUCAAUCGUGAAAGGAAAUUGUACCAUGAAAAAUGUCAAAUUCACAUAAUGUAAGCCGGAUGGAUCAUGGAAUAUGGAAUCACUUGCUGCACAAUUAAUUACUCUGACAUUAAAAACCCAUUAAACACCUCCUGAUAGGCAAGCUAGGAAUAAGACCGUACUGCGUAGUUGAUCAUGAAGGAGGCGAGACUCAUCUGACUUUCUGGAAAACAUCGUCACGAAACUCAGGAUGAUUCAUUUGAUUGAUAGCCUUCUAAGAUGCUUAUCUCAGACGUAUUUCAAUCCAAGAACAGCAGGUAAAACAGAAAGAACCAUGCAACAGAAAGAACCA